GCAGGGUACUCCUCAGGACAACGAGCUCUCCACUCACAUUCUCCUCUCGACAUCGAACUCUCUUUCUCUCGAGCCAUCUACCUUCGCUCUGUAGGCCACACAAUGGCUUUCAAAUUCUCUUCACUUUUCGCCCUCGUCGCCGUUGCUGCGACCGUGCGCGCCGCUCCGGCUUCCACCACCACCACCUGCUCCGAUGGCACACAGGUCCCCGACGAAAUGUGCUGCAACUUCGUCCCUCUCGUGUCAGCGCUCCAGAACACGCUAUUCAUGGGAGACUGUGGUGAAGACGCUCACGAGGUCAUCCGUCUUACUUUCCACGACGCCAUCGCUAUCUCUCAGAGCCAGGGUCCCGCAGCCGGAGGAGGAGCCGACGGGUCGAUGCUCAUCUUCCCGACCGUUGAGCCAUCGUUCGCAGCGAACACGGGCAUCGGCGACAGUGUCAACAACCUGAUUCCGUUCCUGUCCCAGUUCCCCAACGUCACCGCUGGCGACCUGAUCCAGUUCGCAGGCACGGUCGCACUGAGCAACUGCCCGGGUGCGCCGCAGCUGGAGUUCCUUGCUGGUCGCCCGAAUGCGACUGCGCCGGCCGUUGACGGCUUAAUCCCCGGGCCGCAGGAUAGCGUCACGUCGAUCCUCGACCGGUUUGCCGAUGCUGGCGGCUUCAGCCCCUUCGAAGUCAUCUCCCUCCUUGCCUCUCACUCCAUUGCUCGUGCCGACAAGGUUGACCCGACGAUCGACGCCGCGCCUUUCGACUCCACUCCAUUCGUGUUCGACACUCAGGUCUUCCUCGAGGUCCUGCUCAAGGGUGUCGGCUUCCCUGGCACCCCCAACAACACCGGCGAGGUCGCCUCUCCGCUCCCGCUCACCGUCGGCAGCGACACCGGCGAGCUGCGUCUGCAAUCGGACUUUGCGCUGGCGCGCGACUCACGCACGGCGUGCUUCUGGCAGGGCUUCGUCAACCAGCAGGAGCUCAUGGCAUCGAGCUUCCAGGCGGCCAUGUCCAAGAUGACGAUCCUCGGCCACAACCGCGCCGAUCUCGUUGACUGCUCGGCCGUCGUCCCUGUGCCGAAGCCCGCGGUCAACAAGCCUGCGAGCUUCCCGGCGACGACUGGCCCUCAGGACCUGGAGCUGUCGUGCACGACCUCGCAAUUCCCGACGCUGACCGUCGACGCCGGCUCACAGGAGACGGAGAUCCCGCACUGCUCGGACGGCAGCAUGACGUGCAACACUGUCCAGUUCACCGGCCCGGCUGUCGACUAAGCGGUAUCACGGCAAAGUUCAUUCAUCCGGCUCUAAAUCAU